GUGUGGCAAGCAUAAGAGACCACACCAAGAAGAAGACACAGCUGCUCAAAGCCAAAGGAAUCAGCUUUUCCUGAAAAGUCUCUGUUUAAGUACAGGAGAGGUCAAACUACAGGCUUUGCACAUAUCCCAGAAAUGUCAUUUGAUAAGGCAACUAAAUCUCUGGCCAAACAACUGGAUCCAGCAGGAGACUUGAUCCCAGUACAAAGCAUUAUAGACCAAAUUCAUUUCAGGCCUUUCUGCCUAGUUGCAAGGAAGAGAAAGAAUUAUUGGUGGCAGAGUUGCCCUUAUAAUAAAACUGAAUACAAGCUAGGUGAUGUGAUGUUAUCAGGAGACCUUGCUGCAAAACUAGAUAUUCAAGAUUCAGGUCAAAUCACCAUUGUAGAUCAAGCAGACGGAACACUGGAGGGAGAUAUUGCCGGAAAUGUUGUUGACUCAACAGCAGUACAAGUAAUGGGUAAUGCCAGCAUGUCUCAUGCAAGGUCCGUGAAGCUAAAAAAGAUACAUAUUUGCCCUCAACUCCUUGAUUCUGUAAGAAGAGAUGGGAAAAUCGACUUGAACCAUGAUUUCAUUAAACAGACAAAGGCUAUGCAGAAGGAUCUCUAUGUGAUCACUGAGGCAGUAGAGGCUGUGGAAGAGGCAAAGUUUGAGGAAUCCAACAAAACAGAAGGCAGCAUCUUUUACGAAACUUAUAUCAAACUGAAACUGGAGGGUGGCAGAGGCAGUAAGAAAGAAAUUAUCAUCCCAAAGGCCUGCAUCCUGGCAUUCAGAGCGAAGAGAUUAUUAAUCAGAGAUGGAUCCUUAGGUAUUUCCCACUUUCCAAGGGACAAAACAGGAACUUUUGAUAAAGCCAGGAUAGGCAUGUGUACUCCAGGGCAUGCUGGAAUUAAAAUGGCAGGCAAAACAAGACAAAUGGACAUAAUUGCCCCAAAAUUGAUCCCAAAAGAGAAGAGUAAAGCCCUACAGAAGGAAGUUGAGCAGGAAUGUGCACAACUCUCUAUGUUAUCAUCAAACCUGCGUGACAAAUUUCUAACUGGCUUGCUGGCAAUAAUGAAAGAGAAUGACUUCUUGCAAGAGUUGGAGCUCCAGCUGGAACAAGGUCUUGAAUGCACUGAUCAAUUCAAGCUGAAAACUGGCAAACCGGAGUUCCAAGACUUGGUGGACAAUUUACAGGAUUCCAAUGGGACCAUGUUCACCGAACUUGCUGAUGCAGUCCUCUACCUUCUUCAGGCUCUACAUGAAUUGACAGAGUUCCAGCUGAUGCUCCUGGUAGAAUCUGUGGAGAAGAAGAUUUUGAACGAGCAGCUGGCACUGGUCGGGAGCAUCCUAGAUAAUGACUUCAGCGAAGGAGAAGGAGAGUUUACUGUAGAUGCCCAGCUCUUAAGCGAAGAGGAGCUGAAUAUCACUGGAGCAAUGAUCACAAUGAGUGGAGCGACAGUGAAAAAAAAUGGAUCCAGUCUUGCUGGUACUGGAAAUCCUGCUGCUUUUCCAGCCCUCAGUGCACUGUAUGUGGCUCUGUAUGCGCUCAAUGCCUUGUCUACAUAAGAGGAUGGCUAAAAAAUGUUUAGGCCUAUCAGAUUGGUUCUGGACUACAAAUGAAGUAACUUUGUGUGCAAACAGCCGGAGUUUCUUGAUGGAAGAGCAGGCUAUAAAGAAGAUUAAUACCACAAACAUAGGUGUACUGUAUCUACUCAAGUCACAUUUCUGAACCUCUAGAAUUCCUCAAUAUUCUUUUACGUCUUUCAGUAUAAUGCUGGUUUGUGGCUAAUGCGAGAUUAUUUCUUAUAUUCAGUUUUUCUGCUGGAUCCUAUUGCUGUCUAAUCAUUUCUGAUGUUCUCACUGGGGUGUCUCAAGUGCCAGGGAGGACUGGAUGAGGGUGAACAAAUUGAAAUUAAAUCCAGACAAGACAGAGGUGCUCCUGGUUAGUCGAAAGGCAAAUCAGGGAAUAGGUAUUCAGUCUGUGCUGGAUGAGGUUACACUCCCCCUGAAGACACAGGUUCGCAGUUUGGGUGUGCUCCUGGACUCAGCUUUGAACUGGGCCAGGAGUGCUUUUGCCCAGCUAAGACUGGUGCGCCAGCUGUGCCUGUUCCUGGAGACGCCUGAUUUGACUACGGUGAUGCAUGCCUUAGUUACAUCCCGUUUAGAUUACUGUAAUGUGCUUACGUGGGGCUGCCUUUGAAGACUGUUCGGAAACUUAAACUGGUACAAAGCUGCAGCCAGAGUGCUAACUGGGGCUGGUUACAGGGACCAUACAACCCCCUUGUUAUGACAGCUCCACUGGCUGCCAGUUUGUUUCCGGUCACAAUUCAAAGUGCUGGUUUUGACCUAUAAAGCUCUAUACGACCUAGGUCCAGGCUAUUUGUCAGACCGUAUCUCCCUAUAUGAGCCUGCCUGGGUGUUGAGAUCCUCAGGAGAGGCCCUUCUCUCAGUCCCAACACCUUCGCAAGCGCAAUUGGUGGGGACGUGAGAUAGGGCCUUCUCGGUGGCUGUCCCCAGGUUCUGGAACUCUCUUCCUAGGGAAGCACGAAUGGCCCCUUCCUUGCUAUCCUUCCGUCAGCAGGCAAAUACUUUUUUAUUCCGACAGGCUUUUGGACUAGAAGAUGUUUAAGAUAGAGCCUCAUAAGGUCUGUUGUAUUGUUCUAUGGUCCUAUACUUAAUGUUUUAAAUUGUCUUAGUAUCUUAAGUGUAUGUUUCAUGGUUUUAAUGUCGUGAAUAGUUUAAUUCUAUUUUAAUUGUAUAUCUUUGUAUGUUUUUUUUACCAAUGUGUACUUUUUAUUUGUAAGCCGCCCUGAGUUCCAGUUUUGGAAAAAGGGCGGGGUAAAAAUAAAGAUUCAUUCAUUCAUUA